GGGGAUCUCGGGGCGCGGGGCGGCUCCGGAGCGCGGGGAGGCGGCGUCGCCGGUCCCGCUCCGUGUCCCGCUCCGUGCCCCCACGCCGCCCGCCCGGCUCGGGGGCGCGACCUGCGGGGCGGAGGGGCCGGGCAGGAGCCGCGCCGGCCGCAGGCACUGACCAGCGGCAGGGCACUGACCGGCCACGCCGUGUUCGUGGGAACACGGGCAGAUCGUCAGAGCGGGGGCGGAGGCUAGAGAACUGACAGAAUCUAAAAGGAGACAUAUUCACCAAAUAUGGAAGAGGAUAUCAAACCUAUCUUGGUUCCUGUGGGAGGUGAUGAAAGCAAUUAUGGAAUCAUGAAUAUACAGUUUAAUCCAGAAGACUAUAAGUGCAAAAGACCAUUUCAUGUGGAGCCCACAAACAUAGUCAGUGUGAAUGAUGACAUGCAAAGAGUCACUGAUGAAGCUUCAGCAAUGAAUAAGCGGAUUCAUUACUAUAGCAGGCUCACAUCCCCUGCAGACAGAGCAUUGAUUGCUCCUGAUCAUGUCCUCCCAGCUCCUGAUGAAAUCUAUGUGUACAGUCCAUUGGGAACUGCUUUUAAAGUUGACAGUUGCACAGAUGGCUAUGGUAAAAACUCCAGUCUAGUGACAAUAUUUAUGAUAUGGAAUACCAUGAUGGGUACAUCCAUAUUAAGUAUACCAUGGGGAAUAAAACAGGCAGGCUUCACUUCUGGAAUUGUUCUCAUCUUACUGAUGGGCAUUUUGACUCUUUAUUGCUGUUACAGAGUUGUGAAAUCACGGCAAAUGAUACCUUUAACUGAUACCUCAAACUGGGAAUUCCCAGAUGUUUGCAAAUAUUAUUUUGGAUCCUUUGGUCAAUGGUCAAGCCUCUUAUUUUCUAUGGUAUCACUUGUUGGAGCUAUGGUUGUUUAUUGGGUACUGAUGUCCAACUUUCUGUUCAACACAGGGAAAUUUAUAUACAACUUUGUUCAUGACAUUAAUGUAACAGAUAUUGUUCCUGGCACCAAUGGAAGUAACAAAGUCAUUUGUCCAAGUGCUGCUGGUGAUCACCCACCACAGAACAGGAGUGUGAUGUUCUCUUCUGGCAACAGAACAGGUUUUGAACUCUUUGAGGAAUGGUGGGACAAAUCAAAAACAGUACCAUUUUACCUGAUUGCAGUUCUUCUACCCCUGCUAAAUCUGAAGUCUCCGUCAUUCUUUGCGAAGUUUAAUGUCCUAGGUACAGUUUCAGUUGUCUACUUAGUUUUUCUGGUUACAGUAAAGGCUGCUCAUCUGGGAAUACACUUAGAAUUCAACUGGUUUACAGAGAAUGAAUUUUUUGUGCCAGAGUUUAGAAUUCUGUUCCCUCAGCUCACAGGGAUUCUAACACUUGCCUUCUUCAUCCACAAUUGUGUCAUCACACUUCUUCAGAAUAACAGGAAUCAAGAAAACAAUGUGAGAGACCUCUCUAUUGCAUACUUCCUGGUUGGACUAACAUACCUGUAUGUUGGAGUGAUAAUUUUUGCAUCUUUUCCUUCUCCACCAUUAUCCAAAGAAUGUAUUGAACAGAAUUUUCUAGAUAACUUUCCCAGUGAUGACAUCAUGUCAUUUGUUGCAAGAAUAUUUCUGCUGUUCCAAAUGAUGACUGUAUACCCACUAUUGGGCUAUCUGGCACGAGUUCAGCUGUUAAAACAGUUUUUUGGAAAUGCUUACCCAAGCCUUUUCCAUGUGCUUAUCCUGAACCUAGCCAUUGUAGGAGCUGGAGUAGCAAUGGCAAGAUUUUAUCCAAAUAUAGGAGGUAUCAUAAGAUACUCUGGAGCAACAUGUGGCCUGGCCUUUGUGUUCGUGUAUCCAUCACUCAUCUACAUGAUCUCCCUGCACCGUGCUGGGCAGCUGACGUGGCCCGCACUGAUUAUUCACAUCUUUAUAAUCCUCCUUGGACUGGCUAAUCUGAUUGCACAAUUCCUAUUGUGAAAACUCCCCUUUCUCCCGUGGUUGUCACAAUUGGUACUGCGAUAUUUGGCAACAGCCUUGAGUAACACUGUGAGGCAUGAGGACCAUCCUACAUGUGAGGAUCUCGGGAAAAGUUUCACCUUUGAAACAAAUUUGAAACACAUCAUUCAAGUGCUUUACAGGAAACAUGUCUUGCUUCUCUGAAGUCACAAUCUUAUGAGAAGUGAAAUGGAGUUCUGGUUUUGUUGAAGGUAUAUCAAAAAUUAACGACGCUCAAAUAUUUUAAUAUUUUACAGCACAUUUCUCCAAACACAGCUUCCAGCCUCAAGCUGUGGAAGUCUUUCCUCUGAAUGAGCUGUCCUUACCUUGAUUAGCAGACAUACUUUCUCAGUAUUGUUCAGUGACUCUUUGAAAUGCUCUUUUGUUGCAGUUAUUUUCCUGAUUUGUUUGGAAAAUGAAGAAUUUAUUGUCUUUCUUCUUUUUUUUUUAGGUUAAUUUAUAGUCACUUGGGUCAAAAUGCACUCUUAAUUUUGAAUACACUAUUAAAUUGUUUUGGCAAUAUUUUUCCUCUAGGAAGUUCCAACAACGAGAAACAAUAAACUCAUGUUUCAGUGUUUUAUUCAGAACCAAUAUGUACACAACUUAUUUGUGAUCUUACAAUACAAAAAAGCCAGGAGGAUAAAAAAAAUUAGAAGGAGACAAUUAAAAUCAGUAAUUCCA